UCAGAAGCACCACAAAAUUCUCAUCUAAAUUCGAAACAGUUGUUGUGUCUCCGGUCUUGCGAGCUUGGAGAUAUAUAGUUAUAGUUGAAGCAGAGGCAUGGGCACAAGAUCGCGAUGGGGACGUAUUGAUUCCCGUGUGACGGUCAAUUUGGUGCGAGAGCCGUCCAUGAAGAUGAUCAAGCUCAAUCGGCAGACAUUGGAGCGUCGCGUGGACCACCAGCUGAUGCUGAUGUCGUCGCCGGUGCCGUUUGUUAACUUCAUGAACAAGUUCCGCCUGGACGAGAUUCUGAUCAACCACCAGGCCAGAGGGGUGUUCAGCAUGCGCGACUCGGCCACCGUUACCGAACUGGCCAGCUACACGUGGAGCAUUAUGUCCGCCAGCGACCGUCUGCCGUACACUCGUCUGGCCAUGAAAGCCAGGGAGAUUCAGAACGCGCGCAAGCUUUACUUCCAGGGCAACAGCGUUAGUCGAGUAAUCGCCAGAAGGGCCCUGGCCCACAACUAGGGCCAUAAUUCGUUCGAAUCAUAUGAAUUUGUUAGCAAUAUAAAGCACAAACAAAACAAAACCUUUGGCCUUAA